GCAAGAAUGAAAAUCUUCACACGAGGAGAUCUUGAGAAAGCGACAAACAAUUUUGAUGAAAAAACAAUAUUAGGUCAAGGAGGAUAUGGAACAGUUUACAAAGGUGUACUCACUGAUAGGACUGUGGUGGCCAUAAAAAAGUCCAAGAUUUGUGAGAAAAGUCAAGUUGAACAAUUCAUUAACGAGGUCGUUGUUCUCUCGCAAAUCAAACAUAGAAAUAUUGUCCAGCUCUUCGGUUGUUGUUUAGAGACAGAAGUUCCAUUACUAGUCUAUGAGUUUAUAACUAAUGGCACUCUCUAUGAGCAUCUCCACACACAUGCUCAAUCACCUAUUCUGUCAUGGGCAGCUCGCUUAAGAGUGGCAUCAGAAUCUACAGGAGCGCUAUCAUAUUUACACUCUGCCGCUUCUCCCACAAUCAUUCACAGAGAUGUAAAGACAGCAAAUAUACUACUAGAUGAUAAAUUUACCGCAAAGGUUGGUGACUUUGGAGCUUCAAGACUUGUCCCUCUUGAUCGGACUCAAGUCACAACUUUAGUGCAAGGAACGUUCGGAUAUCUUGACCCGGAAUACUUCCACACAGGCCAAUUGACAGAUAAAAGUGAUGUUUUCAGUUUUGGAGUUGUUCUCGCAGAGCUAUUAACAGGAGAGAAGGCAAUUUCACCUACUAGGGAAGAUGAUGAUAUGAACCUAGGGGCUUAUUUUGUAUCUUCUUUGAACAAUGGCCAUUUGUCCCUAAUUGUGGAUAAUCGGAUUGUUAACGAUGUCAACUUUGAGCAAUUUACUGAAGUUGCAAAAAUUGCAAGCCGGUGUUUGAAGGUGAGGAGGGAUGAUAGGCCGACUAUGAAAGAAGUAGCAAUGGAGAUAGAGGGAUUGAGAGUUCUUGAGAGGCAACCAGGGGGAUUAGGGGAAAAUGAAUUGUAUUCAAAAGAGACUAAGUAUCUUCCAGCGUCUAUGUCUUCUCACACAGUUAAUAAUGUCAAAGAGUCGUUCAUCAAUGGUGGUAAAAUGAGUGAUGGAGAAAGCAAGGAGUUGUUUUCUGGGUCAUUGAUUGAUGGAAGAUGACUGUAAUUUGUUCUCGAUUUUCUCUAUUGCUGAAUUUGUUUUUUUUUGCUAGCUAUAACUGACCUUUGCCAGCUUGUCUUUUCUUAUUCUACAAAAUUAUUUGACAUCUAAUAAUUAAUUAAUUUGUACUCCG